AAGCCCAAAAUUUGUUUGCAUUUUUUUUUAAAUUUUGAAAAAGCCGAUAGUCCUGUGUAGGGGUCAGAAUGGUUCUUGGUUCGAAUCCCGAGCAAGUUAUGGAAGUUCUUUCAUUCUCUAUACUAUCUGUCCUUACUGUAGGAGCAACGUUGGCCCAACUAAUAUGGUGCCCCUGAAAGAGUGACCAACAAAUCUGCCCUUCAGAUAACUGUAUGACGAAAGGUCAUUCUCCAGGUGAGCAUUGGAAAAAAAAUAUUUUGAAAUUUUUUUUUUCAGCAUUUGAAAUUUCGUGGUGUACUCUAGAGCAAUCUGAACUCCCUUUUUUCUUAAAUUCGGUUGGAGGUGGAAAUGAACUAUGAAAAAAAUUUGUUUUUCGCACUUCCCUCUCGAGUGCACUAUGUAAAAUUUUUUUUUAAAAACAAUUUUUAGGAUUGAUGUUAAAAAAAUUGCUCCUUGCAAUUACUGUCCGAAUUUCAAGUCCCUAGUUACAGCGUUCUGACUUAUAAGAUACUCAAACGCACAAACUUUCAUUUAUUAUUUCAGAUAUUGCUUUUUUUAAUGACCCUUAAAUUUAAGGCUGUGGGAAGCAUAAUUUACAUCAGAGCACCAUUGCAUUCAAGCUAAGCUCCGGUCAAAACAAACAAAAUAAAUAUUAAUAUAAUUACCUAAAACCUUCAUGAAUUCUUUUUUAGUUUGGAACUCUGUAUGCAAUGUCGUUUAUUAUUAUCGGUUUUUAAGACUGCUCAAGAAUUUGUUUGCUAAAACAAUGAGUUUGUUUCGCCAUGAACGAAUCUGAAAAACCAGCUGAAUCUGAAAAACAAAAUGACGAAGAAGUCAAUAAUGAUUAUGCUAGAGAUUCGAUGAUGUCGGAGUCCGUACAGUUAUUAGCUAACGAAGAAAAAAAUGAUUCUGAGGAUGAUGAAUCUAAACAGUUAUUAGUUAAUGAAGAAGGAAAUGACGAAGAAUCUUCGAAAUUCCAAUCUGACGAAAAAGUCAAAGAUGAUGGUAGAUUGCCAGUAAAAGAUGCUAGAGAUGAUGAUGAUGCUAGAGAUUCGAUGAUGUCGGAUUCCGUGCAGUUAUUAGCUAACGAAGAAGAAAAUGAUGCUGAGGAGGAAGAGGAUGAAUCUAAGCAGUUAUUAGUUAAUGAAGAAGGAAAUGACGAAGAAUCUUCUAAAUUCCAAUCUGACGAAAAAGUCAAAGAUGAUGGUGGAUUGUCAGAAAAAGAUAAAACGCAUGAUCCACAUUACAUUUCGUUCAAAAAUGAAAGAAAAAUUCUCACCAAGCAAGAAGAAGCGCUUGAAGCGUUAAAAGAUAUUGAAAAUGAAAUACAAAGCCAAUUUGGCGUGCAUCCUUGCGAGAGUUGUGAAUUUCUUGAUCCUUUUAAAGAACUAAAAAUUACUCUUUGCUGUGGCUUAUGUACUCGAACAUUUUCUCGAUUUGGUGACAUUCGAGAAUUAUGGAUUGUGUCUGCUCCUGGAAAUGAAACACCACAUGAUACUUUUCUUAAACUCAUCGCCGUUACACAGGAUAAGCGGUUAUCAAAGAAUUAUAAGUUCCAUAUUCCCGAUCUGAAGAUAGGAACAAUGGAUGAACUCAUUAAACUGAUAGAAGAAUUGUUUAACGGUGAUAAAUUUGGCGAAGAAACGUUGCAAAGUUUUAUGAGAUGCAUGACCACAAUUGUUGGUAGCAAACGCGGGGCGAUGAAACAUUUAUUAGUAAAUCAAUUGGAUUUGGCUACCUAUUUAACAAGGUUUACAUGGAAUGGCGACAAAUAUCCUGUAGACCAAUCUUUGAGAGACACAUUUAUAACGUUGUCGAAGAUUGUGAGACAAACAGCUGCGGGCUUGAAAGCCAGAGAUAACGAAGUGAGCUAUAUUGUAAAAAUAUUCGAGAAAAUAAAACGAGAUCGCGAAUCAAGUCUUCUUACAAGACCUCUUGAUAAAUUCGUGAAAAAGAAAGACUUGGUAACUGGAUCUACAUACUUUAUAACAUUGCUGGUCGUCGUUGCAAAAGAGCAAGUGCAAAAUUGGCUACAAACAUAUGAAACUCUAACAGAAUGGGUUGUGCCCCAAUCAAGCAAGAAGUUAUUUUCUGAUGAAUCUUAUUCUCUGUUUACUGUUGUCGUAAUCAAGAAAUUCGCUAAUGAUUUUGAAUCAGCCGCUCGAGAUAAAAAAUUUAAUGUUCGGCGCUUCAAUGUCUCCCAUGACGCAGAUGAAGAGCUCGAGGAUAUAUAUAUGAGAAAACUUAAACAAGUUAAGAAAGCUAUUUUUGGUGCUUCGUAUAGAUGGGUGAAAACGAAUUUUAGCGAAUGCUUUGUAGCGUGGAUUCACAUUAAAGCUUUGAGGGUAUUUACUGAGUCUGCUUUAAGAUAUGGCAUACCUGUCAACUUUCAGGCUACACUAAUGAUACCCAUUCAUUCAAAAAAAGCCAAAUUAGCAAUUGAUGGUCUGUAUGUAGACCUCGAAGCUUACCGUGAUUCUGAAAUUUUGCAAGAGGAGAUACCUGGUGUAUUGAAUCGAUAUGGAGUGAGUCAAUAUUUGCCUUACGUAUUUGUGACAAUAAACACUGACUUUUUAGGGGCAAAAGAUGAUUUAUAAACACUAAAUGAGAAUAAUUUGUAUUUGAUAUUUACUAGUGAUUUUUAUUGUUCAAAGCUUCUGAUGAAAGA